CCCCGCUCCCGCCCCGGUUCCGGUUCCGGUGCCGGUCCCGCCAUGGCGUUCCCGCAGCCGCGGCCGGCGCGGGCGGAGCUGCCCCGGCAGCUCGUGCGGACGCUGCAGUGCGGGCAGGGAGCGGUGCGGGCCGCCCGGUUCAACGCGGACGGUAACUACUGCCUGACGUGCGGCAGCGACAAGACGCUGAAGCUCUGGAACCCGCACCGGGGCACGGCGCUGCGCUCCUUCCCGGGCCACGGCUACGAGGUGCUGGACGCCGCGGGAUCCUCGGACAACAGCCAGAUCUGCUCGGGCGGUGCCGACAGAGCCGUGGCGCUCUGGGACGUCAGCACCGGGCGGGCGGUGCGGAAGUACCGGGGGCACGCCGGGAAGGUGAACUGUGUGCAGUUCAAUGAGGAGUCCACGGUCAUUGUGUCGGGCUCCAUCGACUCCUCGGUGCGCUGCUGGGACUGCCGCUCCCGCCGCCCCGACCCCGUGCAGGUUCUGGACGAGGCCACGGACGGCAUCUCCAGCCUGAAGCUCUCGGCCCACGAGAUCCUGACGGGCUCCGUGGACGGGCGCGUGCGGCGUUACGAUCUGCGCGCGGGGCGGCUCUGCUCCGAUUACAUCGGCAGUCCCAUCAGCAGCGUGUGCUUCAGCAAGGACGGGCAGUGCGUGCUGGCCGCCAGCCUGGACUCCACGCUGCGCCUGCUGGACAAGGACACCGGGGAGCUGCUGGGCGAGUACACGGGGCACCGCAGCACCGCGUACCGCCUGGACUGCGUCCUCAACGAGCUGGACACGCACGUGGGCUGCGCCUCCGAGGACGGCCGCGUGUAUUUCUGGGACCUGCUGGAGGGCUCGCUGGCGCUCAGCCUGCCCGUGGGCCCGGGCGUGGUGCAGUCCUUGGCCUUCCACCCGCGCCUGCCCUGCCUGCUGGCGGCCACCCAGGGCCAGGUGACGCUGUGGCGCGAGGAGAGCUUCCGGCCCGAGGGGGACCCCGAACCCUGACGGGGGCUGAGUCCCCUGAGCAGGUUCUUAGUCC